AUGGUGCAGCAACGGGGCGCGAGGGCCAAGCGGAACGGCGGGCCGCCGCCCCCGGGGCCCGGGACUACCGAGGAGGGGGCGCGCGAGCCCGGCUGGUGCAAGACCCCGAGUGGCCACAUCAAGAGGCCGAUGAACGCGUUCAUGGUGUGGUCGCAGCACGAACGGCGGAAGAUCAUGGACCAGUGGCCUGACAUGCACAACGCCGAGAUCUCCAAGCGCCUGGGCCGCCGAUGGCAGCUGCUGCAGGACUCGGAGAAGAUCCCGUUCGUGCGGGAGGCGGAGCGGCUGCGCCUCAAGCACAUGGCGGAUUACCCGGACUACAAGUACCGGCCGCGCAAAAAGAGCAAGGGGGGGCCUUUGGGGGAUGGCGCGGCGGCGCCCGAGGACGACGACGACGACGACGACGACGAGGAGCUGCUGGAGGUGCGCCUGGUCGAGACCCCCGGGCGGGAGCUAUGGAGGAUGGUCCCGGCGGGGCGGGCCGCCCGGGGACCGGUGGAGCGCGCCCAGGGGCCGUCGGGCGAGGGGGCGGCAGCCACCAACGCCUCCCCAACACCGUCGGAGGAUGAGGAACCGGAGGAAGAGGAGGAGGAGGGGGCGGCAGCGGAGGAAGGCGAGGAGGAGACCGUGGCGUCGGGGGAGGAGCCGCUAGGCUUUCUGACCAGGCUGCCCCCCGGCCCCGCCGGCCUGGACUGCAGCGCCCUGGACCGCGACCCAGACCUGCCGCCCCCUUCGGGCACGUCGCACUUCGAGUUCCCGGACUACUGCACCCCCGAGGUUACCGAGAUGAUCGCGGGGGACUGGCGCCCGUCUAGCAUCGCCGACCUGGUUUUCACCUACUGA